AUGCAGUACAAAGCUUUUGCCGCCCUUUUCUUCGCCGCUACGGCCCUGGCUGCCCCUGCCACGGACAGCAGCUCCGAUGAUUACUCCGACCUUUACGAUACCAGCUCCGGUGAUGACUCUUUCGACCUUGAUGAUGUCCCUACCUCCAUCCUGGCUGUCCUGGCAACCGCCAUUCCAGACUCAUUCUACAGCGACCUCAUGGACGACUCUUCUCGUUCCUCUAUCGUCAGUGCCGCUGCAGCCGGUACCUACCCUGCUUGGUACAACUCUCUGCCCAGCAGCGUGAAGGCCUGGGCCACCUCCAACUUCGAUGAUGAGAUUGCCGGUGCCUCCUCAACCAUCGACAGCUUUUCCACCCAGACUGGCUCUGCCAGCAACUCUGUGACCGCAACUGGCUCCAGCACUGCCGUUGAAACCGGCUCCGGCUCUGCUUCCAGCAGCUCCGAUGCCAGCAGCGCUGCUGGUGUCACCACCACCUCUGGCCAGACCUCCAGUGCUGCUCAGUCUACUUCCUCCUCGGACUCCAGCUCCGACUCUUCCAGCUCUGCCUCGGCUUCUGCUUCCCCUACCGAGUCCACCGGCGGUGCCCCUGCGGCUACCGGUGGUGUUGCCAUGGGUGUUGCCGGUGCUGCCGGUAUGUUGGCUCUGGCCCUCGCUCUGUAG